UAUUUUCGUCAUGUAAACGGUAAGAUUUCUUUUCGGUUUUUAAUAUUAAAUGCGUGCAGCAUAUUCGAAAAAUGUUUUCAAGAAAAAGAGCUGUACGUUGUGUACGUGUCAGCUAUGUUAUAGCAAUGAACAAAUGUGUUUUUCAGUAGCUGACAUACCAAGUUCCACAGAAAAUCAAAUCCGUCCAUCCAUUCUCCUCAUUCACAAAUAUAUUUCGUUCUCGUAACCAUCGAUAGAAUGCAACCAUCGAAGCCUCGAUUAGUUGACAGCCCUGAAACAUCGCAAAAACCUCAAAAUGAAGCAGAUGAGCGACGAGAGUCAAAUGAGAGAACCACCGAAGAACCGAAAUCCGAAGAAGAAGAUGAAGCAGACCGGAAUAUGGCGGCAACAAUAGCAUGUGAAGAAGUGUUUGCCGUCCCAAAUGAGUUGAUUGCAAGCGAAAUUGUCUCCGCCGCAGGUGAUGUUGUCGAGGAUCUACUGGGCGAAGGAUUAAUUGACGCUAUAGGUGACGGUGUUGCUGACGUUCUCGGUGACGGUCUGAUGGAUAUUCUUGGUGAAUUGGGAGUGAUUGAACUGGUUGUGGGCGAAGGUCUUAAUCACAUCAGUGGAAACCUUAGUGGUACAUUGGCCGGACUUACAUUUUCCGCAUACAGAUGUGGUGCUUAUCUUGCACCAACGUUAAGAAGUCUUUUUACUUUACUUCUUGGCAUGGCAGGUGGCCUUGGUGGAUCGUAUUCGAUGCGUGUUGUGGGAACUGAAAUCGGUGCGAUGUGUGGAGACUUUCAUGAUUUGAUUGGUUCGGAUUUGGGUGAGCUUAUUGGCAAAAUGUUUUUUGGCGCUGUAGGCGCUUUCGUCGGACGGUACACAGCAAUUCGUUUAGCACAACACAUUAUCAAUAACUAUUGGCCACCUGCUGUGCAUAUAAAUCAAUCAAAAUCAAAAGUGAAACAAUCGUAACAUUUUAUGAACGGACAGGUGAGAUUAGACGAUUAGGGUUGAACGAGCAUCUUGAUGAUGAUGUUGUUGUAAUAUAGUUUGUUGAAGUUUUUACAUUUGUUGACAUUCAAAAAAAUUAUGUAAAACGUUGGCGACAUGCCAAGCAUGAAAUAAAGUAUUUUUUAUGAAUCGAACCACGAAA